AUGUCUGGUGCUGAAUUAGAAAAAGCCGCUGCUCCUGAUUUAAAAGAAGUAAAUUUGGAGAAUGAAGCCGUUGAACAGCAAGACCAAGCUGCAGCUGACGAAUCAGGCCCAGUAGAAAGCAAGAAGAAGAAGAACAAGAAAAAGAAGAAGAAGAAAAGCAAUGUGAAGAAGAUUGAAUUAAUUUUUCCGGACGGAAAAUACCCAGAAGGUGAAUGGAUGGAUUAUCAUCAAGAUUUCAAUUUGCAGAGGACCACCGAUGAAGAAUCACGUUACUUGAAAAGGGAUUUGGAAAGGGCCGAACAUUGGAAUGAUGUCAGGAAGGGUGCUGAGAUCCAUCGUCGUGUGAGAAGAGCCAUCAAAGAUAGAAUAGUUCCUGGGAUGAAGUUAAUGGACAUCGCUGAUAUGAUUGAAAAUACUACAAGAAAAUAUACCGGAGCAGAAGAUCUAUUAACGAUGGAGAACCCGAAAUCUCAAGGUAUUGGGUUUCCAACAGGCCUUUCUCUCAACCAUUGUGCUGCACACUUCACGCCCAAUGCAGGCGACAAGACUGUCUUGAAAUAUGAAGAUGUGAUGAAGGUAGAUUAUGGUGUGCAAGUGAACGGUAACAUCAUCGAUUCUGCCUUUACUGUUUCAUUCGAUCCACAAUACGAUAACCUGUUAGCCGCUGUCAAGGAUGCUACCUACACAGGUAUCAAAGAAGCGGGUAUCGAUGUGAGAUUGACAGACAUUGGUGAAGCCAUCCAAGAAGUCAUGGAAUCUUACGAAGUGGAAAUCAAUGGUGAAACCUACCAGGUAAAACCUUGUCGUAAUCUAUGUGGCCACAGUAUCGGACCAUACCGUAUCCACGGCGGUAAAUCCGUUCCUAUCGUCAAAAAUGGGGACACUACAAAGAUGGAGGAAGGCGAGCACUUUGCCAUUGAAACUUUUGGUUCUACCGGUAGAGGUUACGUUACCGCCGGUGGAGAAGUUUCUCAUUAUGCCAGAUCUGCCGAAGACCAUCAGGUAAUGCCCACUUUGGACAGCGCCAAGAACUUAUUGAAAACAAUAGACCGCAAUUUUGGGACUUUGCCAUUCUGUCGCCGAUACCUAGACAGACUGGGCCAAGAUAAAUACUUAUUUGCGUUGAAUAAUUUGGUCAGACACGGUUUGGUACAGGAUUAUCCACCAUUGAACGAUAUCCCCGGAUCCUACACUGCACAAUUCGAACACACCAUCCUAUUGCAUGCGCACAAAAAGGAAGUCGUUUCCAAAGGUGAUGACUACUGA